AUGACGGAGGUGCGCAUGCGUCUGCGCCAGAAGGGACAGCAGUUUCCCACGCAAGACUUAGAAGCCUUCCUCCUCGCUUUCGGCGACAACGACUACCCGCUCCCAGAAACCGUGCGCGUGCUGGACGAAAUCGUCACAGAUUACAUUAUCGAGUCAUGCCACGAAGCUGCGGCCGUCGCACACCACGCCCGGCGCGCAAAGAUCAAGCUCGACGACUUCAAAUUCAUGCUGCGCCGCGACACGGGCAAGCUGGGCAGGGUCAGCGAGAUGCUGGAGACGGACAAGGAGCUCAAGCGCAAGCGGAAGGCGUUCGAUACGGAUGAGGGCGCGGUGCUGCAGAAAGGUGAUCCGAAGGAGGAUGAGGAGGUGCCUGUGAAGAAGGGGAAGGGGGACGACGAGGGUGAGAGGAAGAAAAAGAAGAAAAAGAAGGUGAAGAAGGAGAAGGAGAAGUUUGCGGAUGACGAGAGCGUGAUCUAG